AUGUCGAGUCCCGACGACCCCGACUGGAACUGGUUCCCCAACGUCAAGACCAGCUGGUCCCUCGAUGUUGUCAACCUGCUCGUCGUCAUCGGCGAGUCCUCCAUAGCCGAGCACGCCCAGGCCAUCACUGCCUCCCUCCCCGGCAUGCUGCCCAGGAUCCUGCCUGCGCCCCAGGUCCUGCUGAAGCCUUCGCGGCCGACACGCAUGCCAGAAACCCACGCGCGCAUGACGGGCGUCUACAGCGGCACCACCUUGGAUUCCGUGGGCUUCUUUGCCAACAUCAUCACCCCGCUGGACAACCUGCCCCCUUUUAGCUUCAAAGUGCUGGACAUUGAGCAUGCCGACAGCGUCGAUGCCCAACGCGCGCCCUGCAAGUCGGCAGGCGGGCCGAAUGCUUUUUUCACCAGCCUCGCGAGGCUUGUUCAAAGACGGGGGCCAGGGAACCGCGCCUGCGUCGGCAACGAGCGCGACUCCGACGAGGAGGAGCAGGAGAAGCAUGCAGCUGCAGAGUCCGUUGGGCCGGCGCACCAACACCAUCUCCUUGACGAGGAGUCCGCCCCAGCUACGACGGAGCCCGGCGCCGGCAAAGGAGACGUCCGGCAGUCCACGGAAACAAGUCCCCGCCGCCAACGGACCGUGCGGACCGUGCAAACGACCGAUGAGGCGCUGCUGGCCGGCAUGCCUGAUGAAGCCUCCCAAGCUUCCCCAGCCUCCACCCCGUCGCCGUCGGGCUGCUCCGCGCCGCGCCGCGCUUCCACAUCCCGGCGGCGGUGCGCACAGGACCUCUUCGCCAGCCCGACCGUGGCCGUCGGCGGCAGCCGUCCCGCCGUGCCGGCCAAGCUCCUUUCCCCCGUCCACGUCCUGUCCGUCUUCUCCUGCCUGCUGAGCAUCGGCAUCAUCGUCGCCGCCGCCAUCAACCGAGACGGCACCGCCGUCCUGGCCGUCACCCUCGUGUCUCUCGCCUCCACCAUCGCGGGCUACGCCUCCUCCUGGCGCCCGCUCCUCAUGAAGCGCAAGCACACCAACGAGGUCCCCCGCGGCGACGUCCUGAUCCGCACCCGCGAGGGCGCCUUCGUCCUCGUCCGCUGCUCCGAGGAGGUCGCCCGCGAGCUGUACUCGGGCACCGAGGAGUGCGAGUACCGCGUCGGCGGCAACGCCUACCGCGCGCUCAUGGCCCUGGGCACCAUGACGCUCAUGAUCAGCGUCGUCCUCCUCGGCAACUGCACCUGGGAGCUCAAGGUCCUCAUCGGCUCCUCGUACAUUGUCCUCAACGGCCUCUACUGGGGCCUGGGCAUGAUGCCCCGCUCCUGCUUCUGGGAUCUCUCGCGCUACCGCUGGCGGGACGUGACGCCCGACGACGCCGCCUCGGCCCACUGCGUCACGCGCCACCACGACCAGCGCGAGGGCCACCCUUGCUUCACCCGCACGCUGUGGUACGCCAUCCGCGAGACCAAGCUGACGGGGUGGGUGGAGCGGAGCGGCGCCGCCCCAAGCACCGACCAGUGGAGGAAGUGGCUCCGCGAGGCCGGCGAAGCUGCCGUGAGCGGUCGCCGGGACUGGCCGGCGGUGCAGAGGAAGAACAGCAUUCUCAAGGAGGACCUCGGCGGCCGGGGGACGCUGGACCGCGCCGCCCAGCAUGCUCCAGCUACGGAGGUGCGGCCGCCGCCCGAAACCAGGCAGUAA